AUGGGCAAUGGACAACGUACGGGUCAUUUGGAGGAGGUGAACAACCCUAAGGGAUUCGGUCGAGGUUCUGGACGAGGUACACCCGAUCGACCUCUCAAGUGUCGGAGUGCCUUCCAAGAUCAAUUAGUCCAGAUGCCCAUGAAAAAUGCCCUGUCCAGCUUGUGGAGGUUUUGCUCCUCUGGCGCAUUAUCCUCUUCACUGGUCCUGCUUUCCCUCUCUUUCAUUUUCUUCAGCCCUGCAGGAGCCGCUUUUCUUGCCUUCGAGAAUUGCCUUUCGUCUGCAGUGCAAAACUCGCGCGACCCUAGAUUUCUUCAAUUUGAGCCAUUUCGGUUUUGGGUGGCCCUUGACACUACGCAUCCAGACCAUACGCUGAACGUCACCACCUACGGGAAUAUUACUGGCGUUGCGACCAACGAGUCAUAUCCAAGCUGGAACAAUGAUACAUGGUUCAAUUCCAACGAGACUUUGGGCAAGAUUGUGGACUUGAGCCCCACCAACAAUAAAUAUUCUACUCUCUUCGCCUCGUUCAAUGUGCUCAGCUAUACGCAAUACGAGGCACCCCCGUCCAGAUUUUGCGACGCAACAGUGGGCCAACAAUGUCCACUGAUCCCGGCGUUCAACGGCAGCUCCAGUGACAUCACAUCUCUUCCAGGUUUCUCGGUCGUCCAUGCCUUGGACUCAACUUAUGCCUUUACAUCCAUUUCUACCACCCUUCGUGUUACUUCGGGCGAUGCUAGCAACGCAAAUCUCGCCUGUGUGUCAGCAGUUGUCACUCCCGAUCUGGGCCCUUCACUUCGAAACAUUCUCACCUAUUUACCGCUAGUCGUGCUCCUAUCUGUCGGCUUCGCUACCGUCUUCGCCGCCAUGUUCAGCCCUUGGGGUUCAUUGGACACAUUUCAUUGGACUAGUAAUUGGGGCAGAGACGAGGACCUAAUCAGACUGGUCACUCCCGGCUUUGCCGACUGUCUUCAAUACAUCCAAUUCAUUGUUCUCACUGGCAGCUUGACUCUCAAUUAUCCAGGCUUCUUCCGACCGGUCGUCAGCUCUGUCGGAUGGUCAGCAUUGAUGUUCAAUGAGAGCUUCGUCACCAACGGCGACGGUACGCAGAGUGUCCAAGAUGGCAUCUACGUGGUUGAUACGGAUGGCACAUAUGGUCUUGAUCAGAUGAGCCAGCUCAUCGGGAUGACCUCGGUGCGUGACAUUUGGGCUGGCAUGAUAAUCUGGCUGCUUGUCAUCAUUGCAGCAGUCGUUGCUUUGAUCCAAAUUGGUUUCCUGCUUCGGUGGGCAUACCGUCUUGCGGCUAAUGUGCCACAAGAGGAUCUUAGGAAGAAGAACUGGCCCUUCACGGCUGGAAACAUCCUUCGUAUUGUCUUCAAUUUCUUCAUUCUUCCUCUCAUCUCUUUAUCGAUGUUUCAAUUAGUCGCGGCUGCUGAGGGACCAACUGCUGGAGUGAUCUUCGCAGUAUUCGUGUUGGUAGUUGUUGUCGGCUUUGCUGGCUGGCUUACCUACCUUAUUGCUACCAUUCGGCCACGAUCUUUCCUAUUCGACGACCUACCAACUGUCCUGACGUAUGGACCAUUGUACAAUACUUACUCGGACGAAGCUGCGAGCUUCGCCAUCAUUCAGAUCUUCAUCAAUCUGGUCCGUGGUAUCGCGAUUGGUGCUGUUCAACCUUCGGGAAUUGCCCAGCUUGUCCUUUUGGCUAUUUGCGAAAUCAUUCUCGGCCUGACACUCAACGCCAUUCGUCCUUAUCCAGCUCCAACUUCGAUGAACAUCUUUCAUACCUCCUUCGCUAUCCUCCGCGCAAUCACGAUUUUUCUCAGCGUUGCAUUCGUCCCGUCGCUCGGGGUGGCGGAGGCGCCUCGCGGCUGGAUUGGUUAUAUUAUUCUUCUCCUGCAUGCGGUUGGUCUUGUGUUUGGUUUCUUCCUCAAUGCUCUUCAAACAGUAGUCGAAGUCGCUGCUCGGCUCGCAGGCGCUGGUGGACACGGGAUUGGCGCAACAAGAGGAGGUCUGACGAAAGUCUUUGGCAUGCGACAGCUUCAAAGGCGUUCAUCAAGACGAGACAACACUUCACAUAAUAGUAUGGCGUCAGGCGUUGCCAUGCUAAGCCCGGAAAUUGAACAGAAGUCUCUGCACUUCGACCACGGACGGGCCAGAAGUUUGUCUGCAAGCUCCGCCAUUCUCUUACAGCGGAAUGGAGGGAGCGAUGGCCGCAGCAGUAUUCAAGGAUCGGGCAGUGGUGUCAACGUACACCAUCGAGCAAGUCAAAGUGGACAGUUCACACCAGAAGCAGGAAGUACGUUUUCCAAAACAGCCAGUGCACAUCGACUACAUGGCGCGCCUGCGGCUAUACUUGGCUUGAAGCAAGUUGACGUGUCAGAUCCAUACUAUCGCCCCCCGAGGCACCGGCGAAACACUGUUGACCUGAUCUCUCCUACGGCGCGCAGCCGUAACUCUCUGGCAAGUGGAGAGAUUCAAGAUGUGCAGAAUGAUGCCGACAAGGGAUCAGAGGAAAAUGCUGGGGUAGGGCCCUCGAUAUCAGGUCGUGUUACACCAAUACAAGCGCAUGCAGACAAUGAUGACUAUGAUGACUUGAGUCACGAACUCAAUGGUAACAAGGCAGACUAUUACGCGUCGAGAGAGGUCGAUUAUUACUAUGGUGUUCGUGGGCCAGCGUUGUCCAGCGGUACCAGGAGACUCAAAACUGGCCCAGCCGACCCAACCGGUCCAGUCUCCUCAGCCACGGGAUGGUUCAGAAAUUUAUUUGGCGGCAAGACAAAAGAGAAGGGCAAAGGCUUUGAAGUUGUGCGAAGUGCUCGAGCGCCUUCUCAAGGCUUGAUGCCUGUGCCAGGCAGGACCGCCAUAGGCCCAGAACCGUACCGAGACAGCCCUACAGAUUCGCAAUAUGCCGAUAGAUGUAACAGCGAGCCUCCUACGAAGAGUGAAGGAGAUGUGGUAGGGCCCAACGUGUUUGUCGAGCCUUACUCUGAUGAUGUGUCUGAGGAAGAUCUGAUCCCAGCUCAGAAGCGUUCUCCCAUCGCACCAUCUCUACCUGCAAUUGACGCUGGUGGAGAUAUCGAAUUGCCAAGUCGAGUAAAUUCUCGCGCAUCGCGCGUAUCUGGCAGCGUAUCUGACGGCCCACCUCGAGCUCCAUAUGUUCCGAGGAGGAGCUCUAAACGAAAGUCUGGUCAAGUGGCGGCAGACUUUCCAGCAGCGCGGCUGUCAACCGUGGCAGCAUCACCUCCGUCAUCACCGCAGAAACCUCGCGGUCCUGGGCACAAGCACUUGACUAGCACUGGCUCAACCUCUGGUCGGUUACCAUUUGGGGUGCGUAACUCGCCUUCCAAGAGCAGUCGUUAUUCUGCUGGUGCAGAGUCAACAGCGUCCAGCAUUGGACCCUUGGGUGACGAAGAAAAUCAGGUGCCUUCCUUCACUCAUGCAAGGCAUUCGUCCUCUGCAUUGGGGCAACAUGCGCCAGAUAUCAAGGAGGACCGCCCGUCGAGUAUGGGAUAUGUGCCACAGCAUCGAGCAAGCGACAAUAUCCGCAAGGUGGACUCAGGCUCGUCUGAGUUUGAAGGAAGUACAGCUGAAUUUGUCGGUACUCCAACCCGGCGUGCUGGCCUGGGCUAA